AUCCUCACUGAUGCAGUGUAGGUCACGAGGAUGGGCUGAACAUAAUUGUAAUCAUGGAGAGGAUGCUGGAGUGAUCUGCUCAGAGGUCAGGCUGGUGGGCGGGACUGACCUGUGCUCUGGGAGAGUAGAGGUGCAUCAUGGGAGCUCCUGGGGCACGGUGUGUGAUGCUGACUUUGACCAGCGGGACGCAGAGGUUGUGUGCAGGGAGCUGGGCUGUGGGGCUCCUAAAGAGCUGCGUGGGGCAGCUACAUUUGGCCAGGGCGAGGGCCAGGUGUGGGCAGAGGAGAUUCACUGUAGAGGCAACGAAUCUCAAAUUAACUUCUGCUCCACAAAACCCUCACAGAAUCAACCCUGCUCCCAUGGAAACGAUGUGGGCCUGGUGUGUUCUGGCAGGGAGGAUGUGAGGCUGGUGAACGGAAGCAGCCCCUGUGCUGGGAGAGUGGAGGUUUACCAUCGGGGAGAGUGGGGGACAGUGUGUGAUAACUGGUGGGACAUGAGUGAUGCUGGGGUGGUGUGCAGACAGCUGGGCUGUGGAGAUGCUGCAGCUGCACAAGGACAGGGUCACUUUGGACCAGGGUCUGGGGGAAUAUGGAUGGAUUAUGUGCACUGCAGUGGAUCAGAAUCCUCACUGAAGCAGUGUGAGUCAUCAGGAUGGGGUAAACAUCACUGUAAUCAUGGAAUGGAUGCUGGAGUGACCUGCUCAGAGGUCAGGCUGGUGGGCGGGACUGACCUGUGCUCUGGGAGAGUAGAGGUGCAUUAUGGGAGCGCCUGGGGCACGGUGUGUGAUGCUGACUUUGACCAGUGGGACGCAGAGGUUGUGUGCAGGGAGCUGGACUGUGGGGCUCCUAAAGAGCUGCGUGGGGCAGCUGCAUUCGGCCAGGGCGAGGGCCAGGUGUGGGCAGAGGAGAUUCAGUGUAGAGGCAACGAAUCUCAGAUUUACUUCUGCCCCACAAAACCCUCACAGAAUCAACCCUGCUCCCAUGGAAGCGAUGUGGGCCUGGUGUGUUCUGGGUACACAGAGUCCAGGCUGGCUGGCGGCCCUGACAUCUGCUCUGGUCGAGUGGAGCUGAAGUACCAGGAGUACCAGGAUACCUGGUGGGCAGUGUGUGAUGCAUGCUGGGAUAGCAGGGCCUCCAAUGUCCUCUGCUGGCAGCUGGGGUGUGGGACUGCAGUGGCAGUGCCAGGACAGAGCUGGUUUGGAAAUGGGAGUGGGCCAAUCAGCCACGAUGUGUUUGAUUGCCGUGGGAACGAGACACGGCUCUCACAGUGUGCGGUUUCCUCUUGGAGCCGAGCUGCGUGCUCACGUGAACAAGAGGCUGGAGUCAUCUGCAAUGGCUCUGUUCUCUCCACUCUGGACGGGACGGUUCGGCUGGCUGGAGAGAGUGAGUGUGGGGGCCCAGUGGAGGUGUACUACCAGGAGACCUGGAGCAGAGUGGGGGGGUCCUGGAGCUCCAGGGAGGCAUCGGUGGCCUGCAGGCAGUUGGGCUGCGGCUCUGCGGUGCAGGUCUACAGCUCCUCUCCGUCUGGGACGGGGGCCAGUGACGUGUGUCUGACGGGGUUUGAGUGCUCCGGGAGAGAGUCUCACCUGGUCAACUGCAGCACUCCACACAAUCUCACCUGCAGCUCCAGUGAACGGGUGUCCAUCGUCUGCUCCAACCGCCGGUCCCUCAGGCUGGUAGGGGGAGGGGGGCGCUGUGCGGGGCGGGUGGAGGUGCUCCACGGCGGUUCUUGGGGGACGGUUUGUGAUGACUCCUGGGACCUGGAGGAUGCUCAGGUGGUGUGCAGGCAGCUCCAGUGUGGGACGGCCCUCAGUGCCCCGCUACCCUCCUUCUUUGGGCCAGGAAAUGGACCCGUCUGGCUGGAUGAGGUGGGCUGUGUGGGGAACGAGACGUCCCUGUGGGACUGUCCCACAGCCGGAUGGGGACAGACUGACUGCGGACACAAGGAGGACGUGGGGGUCGUGUGUUCAGAAUUCAAGGAGAUGAGACUGAGUGAAGGCUGUUCUGGGAAUUUGGAGGUUUUCUACAAUGGCACCUGGGGCAAUGUGUGCUGGAAUGGGAUGGAGGAAGACACAGCUACUCUCAUAUGUCAGGAGCUGAACUGUGGGAACACGAGUAAAGUGUCUAAAACAGGACCGAGAGUGGAAUCUGCUCCAAACUGGCUGGAUCAUGUCCAAUGUCGCCCACAUGACUCCACUCUGUGGCAGUGCCCAUCAGACUCUUGGGGUGAAAAUAAGUGCGAUAAAACAGUGGCUGUGCUCAACUGUACAGCGGAAGAGGAUGAGAAUGUGCCAUGGAGCAAGUUGUCAUGUUCCUCAGCGAAAAAUCAGAGAUCUUGCACAAAUCACUGGCCCCUCCGGGUGGUGGGGGGGGCAGGCGGGUGCUCUGGGAGGCUGGAGGUGUUCCAUGGGGGCUCCUGGCGGUCGGUGUGUGGAGACUCCUGGGACAUGAUGGAUGCCCGUGUGGUGUGCAGACAGCUGGGCUGUGUGUUAGCACAGGGGGCUCAUGGUAAUGCUACUUUUGGGACGGGGAAUGGCGCCCUCUGGCUGACUGAGGUGAACUGCAGGGGCACUGAGCUGCACCUGUGGGACUGCCCACACUCUGUGCACAGCAGCUGCCGAUCGCAGAACCAGGCUGGGGUCACCUGCACAGGUCUGUCAUCUCGCUCCUGGCCCACUGCAGCUGUGACCGCACCCAUGCCGCCCACGCUGCCCGUGUCCAAGAGUAACGUGUCCAAGAGUAACGUGUCCAAGCCUCCCCUGGCCUCUCCUUCCAACCGGUCUAUCCCAGCAGUGGCCUUCCUGGUGAUGGGGGCGCUGAUCUUCCUGCUGCUGGUGCUGCUGGGGGUUCUGCUGCUCCAGAACAGAGAUCUGAGGAGAGCCCUGUCUCAGUGGGACCACGCCCGUCUCCUCGAGCCCAUCUACGAGGAGAUCAAGUACAACCUGGACAGUGGGGGAACGGACAGCGCCCCCCGGUGGGGGAGGAGCCAAUCUGAGGACCCGCCCUCCGGGUAUGAAGACGUGGGGGAUGGCAAGGGACACGCCCUCUCAGGGGACCUGGUGAUGGAGGAUGCCGCAGAGAGCUACGAUGAUGUCAUCACUGCUGUGGAAGCGCACCAAGACAGUGUGGCAGGGGAGCUGGCCGAGGGAGACGCACCAGAGUACUAUGAUGAUGUCAUCACCACCCAGCAGAGCCCGGAGGCUUUUUCAGCUGCCAGUGAGAUGGACUAUGAUGAUGUGGGGGAGGAGCCACCUGAAACAGCGGUCUGAGAUUUUGUGGGAGGAAGUGCCCGCCCAGCAGUUUGGAUCGCACAGCAUACAGCAUACAUACGGCUAAUGGAAAAUGUUUUAAUAUAAAACCACAUCCUCGUAGAUCAGCCAUUCAUCAAUGAGUAAUUCCUUAGCUUGCUCAUGAAUCAGGACAUUGAAAGUGUCAGCA